AUGAGUUUCACCAUGCACUCGGUGUUCUUCACCUUGAAGGUGAGCCUCCUGCUGGGGUCCCUGCUGGGGCUCUGCCUGGGCCUGGAGUUCAUGGGCCUCCCCAACCAGUGGGCGCGCUACCUCCGCUGGGACGCCAGCACGCGCAGCGACCUCAGCUUCCAGUUCAAGACCAACGUGUCCGCGGGGCUGCUCCUCUACCUGGACGACGGCGGCGUCUGCGACUUCCUCUGCCUCUCCUUGGUGGACGGCCGCGUGCAGCUGCGCCUCAGCAUGGACUGCGCGGAGACCGCCGUGCUGUCCGGCACGCGGGUGGACGACAGCAGCUGGCACUUCGUCAUGGUGAGCCGCGACCGCCUGCGCACCGUGCUGGUGCUCGACGGCGAGGGCCGGGCCGCCGAGCUGCAGCCCCAGCGGCCCUACAUGGACGUGGUCAGUGACCUGUUCCUGGGCGGCGUCCCCGCCGACAUCCGGCCGUCUGCCCUGACCCUUGAUGGAGUGCAGGCCGUGCCCGGCUUCAAGGGAUUAAUCUCGGAUCUCAAGUACGGCAACUCAGAGCCCCGGCUUCUGGGGAGCCAGGGUGUCCAGUUGGAUGCCGAGGGGCCCUGCGGUGAGCGCCCCUGUGAAAAUGGCGGCAUCUGCUUUCUCCUGGAUGGACACCCCACCUGUGACUGUUCUACCACCGGCUAUGGCGGCAAGCUGUGCUCGGAAGAAAGUCACCCUAUGGACGGACCUGCCCACCUGCUCAAUAGUCAGGCUCGAGAGGAGAAUGUGGCCACUUUCCGAGGCUCAGAGUACCUGUGCUACGACCUGUCUCAGAACCCGAUCCAGAGCAGCAGUGAUGAAAUCACCCUGUCCUUUAAGACCUGGCAGCGGAACGGGCUUAUCCUGCACACGGGCAAGUCGGCUGACUAUGUCAACCUGGCUCUGAAGGAUGGCGCGGUCUCCUUGGUCAUUAACCUGGGGUCCGGGGCCUUUGAGGCCAUUGUGGAGCCAGUGAAUGGAAAAUUCAAUGACAACGCCUGGCACGAUGUCAAAGUGACACGCAACCUCCGGCAGCACUCAGGCAUCGGACACGCUAUGGUGACCAUCUCUGUGGAUGGGAUCCUUACCACGACAGGCUACACUCAGGAGGACUACACCAUGCUGGGCUCAGACGACUUCUUCUACGUGGGAGGAAGCCCGAGUACCGCUGACUUGCCAGGCUCCCCCGUCAGCAACAACUUCAUGGGCUGCCUUAGAGAGGUUGUUUAUAAGAAUAAUGACAUCCGUCUGGAGCUGUCUCGCUUGGCCAGGAUUGGGGACACCAAGAUGAAGAUCUAUGGUGAGGUGGUAUUCAAGUGUGAGAAUGUGGCCACACUGGACCCCAUCAACUUUGAGACCCCAGAGGCUUACAUCAGCUUGCCCAAGUGGAACACCAAACGCAUGGGCUCCAUCUCCUUUGACUUUCGCACCACUGAGCCCAACGGCCUGAUCCUCUUCACUCACGGCAAGCCCCAAGAAAGAAAGGAUGCGCGGAGCCAGAAGAACACCAAGGUGGACUUCUUUGCUGUGGAACUCCUCGAUGGCAACCUGUACCUGCUGCUUGACAUGGGCUCAGGCACCAUUAAAGUGAAAGCCACGCAGAAGAAAGCCAACGAUGGGGAAUGGUACCACGUGGAUAUUCAGCGAGACGGCAGAUCAGGUACCAUAUCAGUGAAUAGCAGGCGCACGCCGUUCACCGCCAGCGGGGAGAGCGAGAUCCUCGACCUGGAGGGGGACAUGUACCUGGGCGGGCUGCCGGAGAACCGCGCUGGCCUCAUCCUCCCCACGGAGCUGUGGACCGCCAUGCUCAACUACGGCUACGUGGGCUGCAUCCGCGACCUGUUCAUCGACGGGCGCAGCAAGAACAUCCGGCAGCUGGCGGAGAUGCAGAACGCCGCGGGCGUGAAGUCCUCCUGCUCCCGGAUGAGCGCCAAGCAGUGCGACAGCUACCCCUGCAAGAACAACGCGGUGUGCAAGGAUGGCUGGAACCGCUUCAUCUGCGACUGCACGGGCACCGGCUACUGGGGACGGACCUGCGAGCGGGAGGCGUCCAUCCUGAGCUACGACGGCAGCAUGUACAUGAAGAUCAUCAUGCCCAUGGUCAUGCACACCGAGGCAGAGGAUGUGUCCUUCCGCUUCAUGUCCCAGCGAGCUUACGGGCUGCUGGUGGCCACCACCUCCAGGGACUCUGCUGACACCCUGCGUUUGGAGCUGGAUGGGGGGCGUGUCAAGCUCAUGGUUAACUUAGGCAAAGGACCAGAGACCCUGUAUGCGGGGCAGAAGCUCAACGACAAUGAGUGGCACACCGUCCGGGUGGUGCGGAGAGGAAAAAGCCUUAAGUUAACCGUGGACGAUGAUGUAGCUGAGGGUACGAUGGUGGGAGACCACACCCGCUUGGAAUUCCACAACAUUGAAACUGGUAUCAUGACUGAGAAACGUUACAUCUCCGUGGUCCCCUCCAGUUUCAUCGGCCACUUGCAGAGCCUUAUGUUCAACGGGCUGCUCUACAUUGACCUGUGCAAGAACGGAGACAUCGACUACUGCGAGCUGAAGGCUCGCUUUGGACUGAGGAACAUCAUCGCCGACCCCGUCACCUUCAAGACCAAGAGCAGCUACCUGAGCCUGGCCACCCUCCAGGCCUACACCUCCAUGCACCUCUUCUUCCAGUUCAAGACCACCUCCGCUGACGGCUUCAUUCUCUUCAACAGUGGUGAUGGCAACGACUUCAUUGCCGUUGAGCUAGUCAAGGGGUACAUACACUAUGUGUUUGACCUCGGAAAUGGCCCCAAUGUGAUCAAAGGCAAUAGUGACCGCCCCCUGAAUGACAACCAGUGGCAUAACGUCGUCAUCACCCGGGACAACAGUAACACCCACAGCCUGAAAGUGGACACGAAGGUGGUCACUCAAGUUAUCAAUGGUGCCAAAAAUCUGGAUUUGAAAGGUGACCUCUACAUGGCAGGUCUGGCCCAAGGCAUGUACAGCAACCUGCCAAAGCUCGUGGCCUCCCGGGAUGGCUUCCAGGGCUGCCUGGCAUCGGUGGACUUGAACGGGCGCCUGCCGGACCUCAUCAACGAUGCCCUCCAUCGCAGUGGGCAGAUCGAACGUGGCUGUGAAGGACCAAGCACCACCUGCCAGGAGGAUUCGUGUGCCAACCAGGGGGUCUGUAUGCAGCAGUGGGAAGGCUUCACCUGUGACUGUUCCAUGACCUCCUAUUCUGGAAACCAGUGCAAUGAUCCUGGCGCCACGUACAUCUUCGGGAAGAGCGGAGGCCUCAUCCUCUACACCUGGCCGGCCAACGACAGGCCCAGCACGCGCUCCGACCGCCUGGCCGUGGGCUUCAGCACGACCGUGAAGGACGGCAUCCUGGUGCGCAUCGACAGCGCCCCGGGCCUCGGCGACUUCCUCCAGCUUCACAUCGAACAGGGGAAGAUCGGAGUUGUCUUCAAUAUCGGCACAGUGGACAUCUCCAUCAAAGAGGAGAGGACUCCGGUAAACGAUGGCAAAUACCACGUGGUGCGCUUCACCAGGAACGGCGGCAAUGCCACGCUGCAGGUGGACAACUGGCCUGUGAACGAGCAUUACCCCACAGGCCGGCAGUUAACCAUCUUCAACACCCAGGCGCAAAUAGCUAUCGGCGGAAAGGACAAAGGACGCCUCUUCCAAGGCCAGCUUUCUGGGCUCUAUUAUGAUGGUUUGAAAGUAUUGAACAUGGCAGCUGAGAACAACCCCAAUAUUAAAAUCAAUGGAAGUGUCCGGCUGGUGGGAGAAGUCCCAUCAAUCUUGGGAACAACACAGACAACCUCCAUGCCGCCAGAGAUGUCUACCACUGUCAUGGAGACCACCACUACAAUGGCCACCACCACAACCCGCAAGAAUCGCUCCACAGCCAUCAGGGACAGUAAUGCACCAACAUCAGAUGACCUUGUUUCAUCUGCUGAAUGUUCAAGCGAUGACGAAGACUUCGUUGAAUGUGAGCCGAGUACAGGAGGUGAAUUAGUUAUCCCUCUUCUUGUAGAAGACCCUUUAGCUACCCCUCCUAUUGCUACUCGUGCACCUUCCAUUACACUCCCCCCUACCUUCCGCCCCCUCCUCACCAUUAUUGAGACCACCAAAGAUUCCCUGUCUCUGACCUCUGAGGCGGGGUUACCUUGCUUGUCGGACCAAGGCAGCGAUGGUUGUGAUGAUGAUGGCUUGGUGAUAUCUGGGUAUGGCUCAGGGGAAACCUUUGACUCUAACCUGCCCCCUACUGAUGAUGAAGAUUUUUACACCACCUUCUCCUUGGUAACAGAUAAGAGUCUUUCCACUUCAAUCUUCGAAGGUGGCUACAAAGCACAUGCGCCCAAUAGGACUACUACCACAUCUUUGUCCCCUGAGCUGAUCCGCUUCACAGCUUCCUCCUCGUCUGGGAUGGUGCCCAAAUUGCCAGCUGGCAAAAUGAAUAACCGUGAGCUCAAACCCCAGCCUGAUCUAGUCUUGCUUCCGUUGCCCACUGCCUAUGAGCUAGACAGCACCAAACUGAAGAGCCCACUAAUUACUUCCCCCAUGUUCCGUAAUGUGCCCACAGCAAACCCCACGGAGCCGGGAGUCAGACGGGUCCCGGGGGCCUCAGAGGUGAUCCGCGAGUCCAGCAGCACAACAGGGAUGGUCGUCGGCAUUGUGGCUGCAGCCGCCCUCUGCAUCUUGAUCCUCCUGUACGCCAUGUACAAAUACAGGAACAGGGACGAGGGCUCCUACCAGGUGGACGAGACGCGGAACUACAUCAGCAACUCGGCGCAGAGCAACGGCACGCUGCUCAAGGAGAAGCCCCCGAGCUCGAAGGGCGGCCACAAGAAACAGAAAAACAAGGACAAGGAGUACUACGUGUAGGCGCCACGCCGCCGCCGCCGCCGGCGCGCGCAGCUGAGCCCGGGCCGUCCCUCUGCCCACAGACGCGCGUGUCCUCGGCGACCUGAGCAUCCGCAGGGGUCCGGACUGUCCUAGGAGACGGGGCGGUAUGGACCGGGACCCCGUGAACACAACACCAAGA